GUGACUGCGAACUGGCGGGAGCAGCGCAGCAAAGGCCAGGUUACCAAGUCUCUAAAGACUCUAAAGCAAGUGUUGCUCCAGUACUUGGCAGCGGAGAUCGUCACCAGAGUGACGACUUUUGGAAGCGACAAGGGAGCCCAGGCCCAGGCGCAGGAGAUGGGAUGGGUGACGAGCGACUUGGAGCACAACUUCCUGGAUUGGAAUUCUGAGGAUCAGGUCCUAGUGGAUGCUCGCCGCCUCAAGGUCCUCCUGAAAUCGCCGGAGCUGAUCUUGCGUUUCUCGGCGGCCAGGAAUGCUCAGCCGGAGUCUGUGUCCGAGACGGCAAACUUUGUCCUGGAGUUGUCGAUGCAGCACCCGGAGGCGGCGGAGGCCAUGGCAAUCUUCCGGAAGUGGUACACAUCCUCAGCCCUGCUGCUCUUGUCCCUUCGUCUCAAACCCGCCCGCCCCGAGCGGUCGCCGCUGAUCAAGGAGAUCUUAACUCGUCCCCUAUGCCUUGAGGAAGAAAGCAAGAGAGAGAGCGAGCGAGAGCGAGGUGAGUGA